AUGCCUCAGCAACAACCACCUUACCAGCAACAAUAUCAGCCACCUCAGCAAUCCUAUCAGCAACAAGGUCCGAAGAAAGCAGAUUGGGAGAUUGCCAUUGAAAAAAUGGCAGUGCAGAAUAUAGCACAGCAGAUCACGAGUUCUCAAGCACCAGGUGCUUUACCAAGUGCAACUGUGACAAAUCCAAGAGAGCAUAAUAAUGUGAGUGCCGUAACUACAAGAAGUGGAAAAGCAAAUGAAGUCCUUGAAAAGAAAGUUGAGGAAGAAGAUACACUGCUUGAAGUGGAUCUUGAAUUCUUAGAAAAUAAAACACCACCAACAGAAGAAGUCAUAUUGAAGCCAUUUGUGAAGGAAAAGUCCACUGAGCAAAAGCCCAUAAUAAAGCUCCCAUUUCCACAAAGGAACAAGAAGCAGAAGCAGGACGAGAAAAACUUUCAAAAGUUUGUAGAAAUGUUCAGGAAGUUGGAAAUCAACAUCCCAUUCUCUGAGGCACUCGAUCAGAUGCAUAUUUAUGCCAAAUUCAUGAAGGACAUCAUAUCCAAGAAGCGCACCACUGACACUGACUCUGUUAUACUAACCGAAACUUGUAGUGCUAUUUUGCAGGGUAUGAAGAUUCCAGUUAAAAAACCAGAUAGAGGCUCGGUUACUAUUCCUUGCACCAUUGGAGAUAGGUCCUUUAAAAGGGCUCUGAUUGAUUUGGGGGCUAGUGCGAGCCUUAUGCCUUGUCCAUCUACAGGAAACUCGGGAUUGGAAGAGUUCAAGACACCAGAAUGA